AUGGCCUCAAACUCCCCCUCAUCCCCGCUAGAGUGGCUCGGCGCGAUGCUGCCAGCGGGCAGCGGAAUCGAACUCGACGAAGUCAAGCGCCAGCUUCAUACCGCCCAGGAGACCAUUGCAGCGCAGAAGCAGGAACUCGUGAAGUCGAGGCAAGACCUGGAAUUGGCGAGGGCGGAGACGAAAAAUGUAAGAGACCUAUUGGUAAGAGUAAUGGCAAGGAGUACUGAGAACGCGCAGCAGUUCCAAUACAUCGCAUUUCAAAAGGCUACGCAGCAAAUCAAGGCUCAAGGAGUUCCGCAAGGCUCUAAUCCGCAGACAUACCGCCACCAGCUCGCGCAAAACUAUUUCCGCCAAUUGACCCAGUAUCAGCGGCAAAGUCAACAGCAGCGUGAGGAGGAAAGACAGUGA